AUAUUAACACAAAGCACAAACGAAUUUUAUAUAUCAGUUUAUUGUGUAUUGUCGAAUGAGUAAAAUGGACGAAAGAUUAGAUGCCAUCAUUUUUGGUGCCACCGGAUUUACGGGCAAAAUUGUUAUGGAAGAUGCAGUAAAUAUAUUCAAAGAUUUGAAAUGGGGAAUAGCUGGUCGAAAUGAGGGUAAAUUGAAACAAGUUUUGAAGGAAGUGGGAGAAAAAGCGGGAAAAGAUUUAUCGAAUAUACCCAUCAUUGUGGCAGAUGUCAGCGAUGAAGCAUCUGUAGAAAACAUGGCUAAGAAGUGCAAGAUCGUUUUAAAUUGCUGUGGUCCCUAUCGGUUCUAUGGUGAAACUGUUGUAAAGGCUUGUAUAGCGGCCGGCACGCAUCAUGUCGAUAUCAGUGGUGAACCGCAAUAUAUCGAUAAAAUGCAAUUGGACUACAAUGACUUAGCCCAAGAAAAAGGUGUUUACGUAGUAUCCUCAUGUGCAUAUGAAAGUAUACCAGCCGAAAUAGGUGUGGUAUUUGCUGAGAAAAACUUUCCGGGUACCGUAAAUUCUGUGGAAUUGUUUUGGGAAAAUGAACUUAACUAUCAGGAUAAAACAUCUAAAGCCAUAUUGAAUAGCGGCACUUGGGAUAGCGUUGUCUUUGCUUUGCAGUAUAUAUUUGAAAUGAUGAGAUUACAAUAUAAAUUGAAUCGUGGCAAUAUGCCAACAUUGCGACCCAAAUUAAGAUUAAAACUUUUUCCCCACAAGAGUGAAGGCUUAGACAGUUAUUUCAUACCAUUUCCAAAUACUGAUCGUGCUUCUGUUUUGAGAUCACAACGUUUGGCCUAUGAUAUGGAAAAGAAGAGACCCAUACAAUUUGAAAUUUAUAAAGGAUUUAAAUCUUGUUGGACCGCCUUUAAAUUACCUUUCUAUUUGUUCUUCUUAACGAUUAUGGCCCAAUUCAGUUGUACUCGCAAUCUCUUGCUUAAGCAUCCGAAAUAUUUCACUAACGGUCUGAUGUCUCCAGAAGGUCCUGUUGCAGCAAACCGAAAAUCUUUAGAAUUUAAUAUGACAUUUAAAGCCAAGGGUUGGACCAAAGGCAGUGAUGAAUCGUUACCGCCCAACAAAGAGGUGAUAGUUAGAUUAACUGGCAAUGAUCCUUGUUAUGGUUUUUCUAGUGGUUCUCUUUUGUCUUGUGCUAAGGUCAUACUGCAAGAGCACAAAAAUAUGCCGGAAAGUGGCGGCGUUAUUCCACCAGGCAUUGCAUUUGCCAAAACUCAACUGAUUGAGGAGUUAACGCGUAACAUUUCUGGUUUGAAAUUUGAAGUUGUAAAAUUAUGAAUCUCUUAAAAAUAAAUAUACAAAAUAAAAAA